GAGCUCAAGCAAGCUACUUCCUUGCCAAUGCGGGAGCCUCGUCGGCGAGUUAGUUUAUGGAUGAUGAAGACUCAACAAAAAACCGAUUUUAGCUUUUAAUUCUCAAGAUAGCCCGACCUAGAACUAGAACUAGAAAUAAGCGAGGUAAGGUGAGUUAGUUGGUCGCCAUCUGCGGCAGACCGCCAUCAAGGCAUGUGCGAAGGAGAGCUACUGGAUUCUUUUUAAAAUCCUGCCAACCCCGGUCAGCAAGCUACGCAACCGGUCUAUCAGUUCCGCCACCCGCCAGCCAUCAGUGGGAUUUAAUCUCCUGUCGCACAGCUUUCCGGGCUCAAACAAGACACACCCAUUUAACUUCAUACAACCGGGUUGCCAGCAACGAUGGAUCCGGACGUUUCCCGUUCCAUCACUCACCAUCCACAUGCGUUCAGCUUGCCUUCGCGAGCGCAUUCUGCAAGUCCAUUUGCCGGCUCUCACCGACAAGGCGUCAACGAGCAGAAUGCCAACAGUACCUCUGUAGAGCUAGACGAUGGCUUGGACUCCAGCAGAAAUGACGGAGCAGUGGCGUUUGCCAGGCAUCCUGCAAACCUAAACAGUGCUGAUGUCGAGAGCCAAGUCACAAUCGCCAAUGGCGGCCAGAUUCCGCGACAUACAUCUGAGAGUGAUCCUUACGGCCUGUCGCUUGCCUACAAGACGCCCUCCGACCUCGAGCAGAUCAAAGCUAACACCUCGAGAAAGCUUCGGUCGCGGAGGCCAACGGAUUCGCCGGCGGGUGGUGCGACACGGACUAGCAAGACCCCGCACGGAGGAAUCCUGAGCAAAUGCGUCCCACGCCCCAUACAAUCAGACAUUCAGGCACGUCGCGUCGAGGGCUUCUACGAAAAACAGAAUGCUACCAUCGAGCGCAUGCUCAAGUCUGUAGAAGACCACCGAGCUGAUGCGCGCCAAGAGGCUGGAGAGGAGCUGCUGCAGUUCCAGAUUGGCGUUUGGGGCUCCUUCAUCGCCAAUAUAAUUCUUGCGAUACUCCAAGCCUACGCCGCCAUCUCAUCCGGAUCACUCUCUCUCUUCACCACCAUGGCGGAUUCCGUCUUUGAUCCGCUGAGCAACCUUACGCUGAUCCUAUCCGCCCGAGCCGUCCGCCAUGUCGAUCCAUCGCGGUUCCCGUCGGGCAAGGCGCGCCUCGAGACGGUUGGAAACAUCAUCUUUUGCUUCCUGAUGAUCUCGGUGUCGUUGAUUUUGAUUGCAUUUUCGACCCGGGAGCUCUCCGAGCGCAUGGGAUCUGACGACAGAAACAGCUUCCACCUGCCUUCGGUAAUCGCGGUCUGUGUGGCUUUCGGCACCAAAUUCGCCUUGUUCCUGUACACGUGGGCCCUGCGCAACCGUUACUCGCAGAUUCGAAUCCUGUGGCAAGAUCACCGCAACGAUCUAUUUGUCAACGGUUUCGGUAUCCUAACCUCGAUCGGCGGCUCCAAGCUCAUCUGGUGGGUUGAUCCGAUGGGAGCAAUCAUCUUGUCUGUGGUGAUUUCGUGGCUAUGGCUGCGGACUGCAUUCUCCGAGUUUCUUUUGCUCGUCGGCGUUGUUGCCAACGUCGAGACGCAGCAGCUCAUCACCUACGUCUGCUUGACACACUCGCCUUUAAUCCAGCAGAUCGAUACGGUCAGGGUGUACCACUCUGGCCCCAGGUUGAUCGCCGAGGUCGAUAUUGUGAUGGCAGCCGAGACGUCGCUGCAGGUCCUCCACGAUGUGGCUGAGGAUUUGCAGAUCAAGCUGGAGAGCUUGCCGGACGUCGAGAGGGCAUAUGUCCACGUAGACUACGAGACCACGCAUAAACCGGAGCAUGGCUACAAGAAGGAUAUUUGAUGUUAGUAUGUGAUGAGGCGUUCAGGGUUCAUGCAGUGGUGGCAUUGAGACAUUGGAACAUUCAAGGGUUCUCCAGAGGAUCAUCGCGCUGAUGAUGCCUCAGUCUUGUUCUGCAACGACGAAUAUUAGUCCAAUCCUUUCUUGUCCCAUUGCAUUAGCGCCAAGUGUCCUUCUGCAGACAUUGGAACAGAUGAUUGACUUUGACGCAAGACGGCCCAACACGUCAUGAUGCCCAGAAAAGGGUCAACUGAUGUCUUCUAGAAUCCGUCCAAAAGUCGGAUAAAAUACCUGAUUGGUCGCCAAUUGAUGUCAACAGCGAACAACGAGGAUCGUUAACCUGCACCGAUUUAACCGCUCAUGCUCCUGACGGGCAAGGUGCGCGGUUUGAUGCUGGCAAAACGAGCUGCAGCUUUUCUUUAUAGCCGUCGGUUGGGUCUCGCUUGUGUAUGUAGAUGUAAAUGCGGGGUACAGUAGCUAUUUCAGUGGAUGAAGUUGUGACGCAAAGUGAUGCGGAUCAGCUAUAUUUUGGGACCUUGAGGACCCGUUAUGCCCCGGAUGAUGCGAGUCAUGGGCCCUCGAGUUGCGUUGACUACUGCGAGACGUGCAAGGGGCCUUGUUGAUGGGAUCCACGGUAGAAAGAUUGGAUGCCCAGGGUAAAGUUCGAUACGAAUUGUUCUAACUUCUGGGAACCUUUACGGAAAGUUCUAGUUCUAGACUAGCUGCAAUAGUGAUAGACAGAACAUAUCCACCGUGCUCGUUGUCGUUGUUCCGUAC